AUGAUCUCGUUGAAAAUAGAAAAGCCAUGCGCGUUCCCGUUCGAAAUCAACUCAACGAAAGGUGAAACGAAUCUGAUAUGUGGAGAACAAAAUGCUGCAAUCAAACACGCAUUCUGUCUAAUUAUCAGUCCCUUUCUCUCCCGUGGUAACUGCAUUUUCGUUUUCCAUUACAUGGAUGACGCAAAACACGCAAUCAUCUGGAAGGGGGGAGAGGGAAAACAUGCGGAGCGUCGCAUGCCAUCCUACGCAAUUUCAAUAAUCACCAACCCUUCUCUCAUCUGUUCACAGACGACAUAAUAACACCGGUGUACGUGGCGCCGACGAGGUCGCCGACGACGUUCAGGCCGAAGCAUCACAAGGAGAACAUUCAGGAACGUCCGUCGUGCGACGACGAGGAGGACUGCGAGGAAGGUUCCGGGGAGCCGGUCACCACCGAGGAAAUCUUCGUCACGUCUGCCACUGACUCGAGCUCGGUGGCGUACACGACGGGCCGCGAGUACACGACCAGCCACAUCAGCACGCAAACGUCUCCAGGCUCACCAUCGACAUCGACCCGGGACAUCGUCACCGACUCCGUCCAGUACAAUGUGUCAACCACAGACCUCGAAACCAGCCACGCCAGUAGCGUUGUGACGCAGAGAUCGACAACCGUGACGACCCAAACGACCACCACAGAGAUGACGGACCCACCACCACCACCUCCACCCCCGAUGUACCCGCCAAUACCAACGCCGCCAAAGAACAACAACAACAAGAGGAUAACGUCCGAGGCGGCGGAGAACGCCGCUCUGAUAAUCGGCAUCAUAGCCGCGGCGUUGAUCGCCAUCGUGCUGAUCAUCCUGAUCAUCCUCAAGUUCAAGAAUCGUCCAGAGACUAGCUACAAGGUCGACGAGACGAAGACCUUCUGCCAGGAUCCAAACGCGGCGUUGCUCGGCGCCGCCGGUUCCGGCCAGCCGUUCAACGGGCCCCUGAAAAACGGGGCCAACGGCAGCAAAACCAACAAGAAACGAGAACUGAUAGACAUCAAAGAGUGGUACGUGUAG